AUGGAUCCGAACAACGUCCCAUACGAGUGCUACUGCCACUGCGGCGCAACAGCAUUCAAAAUCCACCAUCCCGCCCUAAAAUCAACCACUUCGAAACCCCCGGCCCCGGUCCUCUCGUGCGACUGCUCCAUCUGCGCGAUCAAUGGCUACUUGUUGAUCUACGUCUUCAGAGAUCAGGUCGAGUUUAUCCGCGGAUGGGACGACUUGAAGAACUAUGAAUUUGCGUCCAAGACUCGCGACCACAAGUUUUGCGGCGUCUGCGGGACCAGCGUCGCCAUCGAUUAUCGGGGUCUCCUCAAGGCGGGUGAUGUCAUUGGAGUGAACGCUCGAGUGAUCCAGGGCGUAGAUAUCAAGACACUGAAUUUGGAGGUUUUUGAUGGAAAGGCUUAUCAAGCCCAGUAUAAUCGGCAACACAAGUGA